GGGUGUGGGAAUUAAUAGUUCAGAAACCCUCCCCCUCUUAGAGCCAUGGGUAGUGUGUGAGAUGUGGAGCAUAUUAAUCACCAAGCCUGCAGCUGUCUAUCAGACCGUACAGAGAAAAUAGCCCUGCCCCCUCAGUACCACCCACCAGAGAGAGAGGGAAAGAGGAAGCGCGAGGGCAGGAAAGAUAAGAGCAGAUGCAGAGUGCCUGAGAGAACCAGAGACGUACAGAGGAAAGAACACGCAAGGGAGCGACUGGAGUGGAGUGCACGGGACAACUUUGCUCCGCUCAACAGCAGUACCGGUGAUCUGCUGGAUCUCAUCUCUACGGCUCUGUUAGCCUCAAGUUAGCAGCAGCACUGAACACGAGACUGCAUUGCUGGUGCACCAACAGUGUUCCCAUGUGAGUAAUAUUGAACUGAAACCAAGGGAGGGACGGUUCUGCGUGUGGUGAAAACAUAGCAGAGGAACGACGGCGUCCAAACCUGAAGACCGGAUCCAUAGAAGCAGUGGCCGUGUGAUUCAGCCAACCACCCAGUGGGAGAAGAGCAGCGAUAGAAGUGUAACUGUGCGACGGAGAUGAGAGCCAAGGUGUGUUGUGGGAAGGGAGAAGAGGAUAUACCUUUCAAUCUAGGGGCAGCACUGGGCAGAGGCAUGGGGAGGUUGUUUUACUCAGAUGUGCAGAGCAAUCCCUCCGUCCUCCUCCGAAACGACUUGCACUGGGAAUAGCCUGUAAUCGAACCCCCAAAUGCUGAUGCUCCAGAUACUCAACUAGUCCAAAGAUAAAGCCUCUUGAAGACUGCACUUCGUCUCAGAGCAUGAAGCUGGUUGUAACAUACAGGCAGGACUGACCUCUGACCAGCAAUUUAAAGUGACUUGAAUGGAAGUACAGCACCAGCCCAGGUGUAGUUCCCCCAGGAACUCCCGACACAUCGCCACUGUCAUAGGCAAUAAAGGUUUGUUCGCACACGACAAGCACCUGACCAGGUGUCACCGCUGCCCAAGUGAGGUGGUGCACACAGCCACCAUGCAGUGGAGGAGGCGCUACUGCUGCACGCACGUCGCCAGGCUCCUGUCUCUCCUCUCCUUGCUGGUGGUCCUGGUCAUCUUGCGUCAUCAGGACUGGCUGCCGGGCAUCAAGGGCCCAACAUUGCGGAGGGAGAACCCAGUGGCUUACACCGAGGGAGGACUGCACUCCAUAGACAAAGGAAAUCACAGCUCCUCACAGAUUCAAUUGAGGGAUGCACCGGUUCCCCCUGCACCUCCGAAAAUGAAUGCCAACCUCAGUUCCCCUCAGGCGGACUCCUCUCCGCAGCGGGUUACGGGACUGGAGAGUUCGCUGGCGACUAAUGCUAACUUGAGCGGAGAGGUCGGGCUAGGGGGCCUGCUGACAUUGGAACCCUACACUUACAUCAUCAACGAGCCCAACAAGUGCCAGGAGGGCGACCCAGAACCCUUACUGGUGCUGCUGAUAGCCACGGAGGCCCAGCAGGUGGAGGCCAGGGAGGCCAUCCGGCAAACAUGGGGAAACGAGAGCGUGGUCCCAGGCCUUAUCCGGCUUUUCUUGCUGGGUGUGAAGGAGGGCGAGGUGGGCCGCCUGCAGCAGAGCAGCCUGGAGGCAGAGAGCAGGAGGCACCGUGACAUCAUCCAGCAGGACUUCAUGGACACGUACAACAACCUGACCAUCAAAACCCUGAUGGGCAUGCACUGGGUGGCCGCGCACUGCCCGGGCGCCAAUUACGUCAUGAAGACAGACAGUGAUAUGUUUGUCAACACCGAAUAUCUCGUCCACAAGCUGCUCCAGCCAAAAAAUCAGCCAAAACGUGACUAUUUCACAGGCUACCUGAUGAAGGGCUAUGCGCCCAACAGGAAUAAGAACAGCAAGUGGUACAUGUCCCAUGAGCUGUAUCCCAGCGAGAGGUACCCCACCUUCUGCUCAGGAACUGGUUACGUGUUCUCGGCGGACCUGGCGGGGAAGAUCUACAGGGCCUCUCUAGGCAUUCGCAGGCUGCAUCUGGAGGACGUCUACACGGGCAUCUGCCUGGCAAAGCUGCGGAUCGAACCCACACCACCACCCAAUGAGUUCCUGUUCAACCACUGGCGGGUGUCCUACUCCAGCUGCAAGUACAGCCACCUUAUCACCUCCCACCAGUUUCACCCCAACGAACUGCUCAAGUACUGGCACCACCUGCAGCGCAACAAGCACAAUGCCUGCAUCAACACAUUCAACGACUAGAUGGGCAGGUUUCACCAGAGGAGACUGCAUGGGUACAGCCUAUUUGGUGACAGAGGAUCAAGGGUGAUGUUAGAUCAUGGCCUGUGCAGAGUCACUGGCUAGAUGUAACUGAGUAAAGUACGUUUUUGGACAAACUAAUGGUUGAGGACAGCCAUUUUUUUUACUGGCUCUCCAGUUCAUAUAUUUUUUUGUUUAAUAUAUUAAUUGGGGAAAAAAACUGUAUGCAUCGGUAGAGAGGAAGACCUGAAUUAAAGCCGCUACACAAACAGCGCAAUGGGAGCGUCACAUACAGGCCGUUCCAACAUUUAAGCCACACAAAAGUACAAUGAACAACGUGUGAAAAUAAUGCUCCAUCGCUGCUGUGUUUGCGUGAAGGGCCCAUUAUAUUUCAACAGUGGAUACUGAUAAAUGUUAGACUGUAUUGGUGGACUGUCAAGGUCUGGUAUCCAUUUUGCUCAACUUGGAUUUAAAGAAUGUCCUGUUUUUAUAUAUAUAUUUUUAAAUGUUGGGGCAGCAGGGUAGCCAAGUGGUUAGAGCGUUGGACUCGUAACCGGAAGGUUGCAAGUUCAAAUCUGUCGUUCUGCCCCUGAACAGGCAGUUAACCCACUGUUCCGAGGCCAUCAUUGAAAAUAAGAAUUUGUUCUUAACUGAUUUGCCUAGUUAAAUAAAGGUUUAAUUUUUUUUUUUUAAAA